UUUGUCUAAUUCGUAAUUUUUUAUCUCUUCUUUUUUUGUAUUGUACGCUAAUUUCUCCACACAUUUACCAAUAUGGAUUCGCUUAUUCGUGACUGCGACAAACUGGCCAAACACCAGUUGUCUUCGACGCAAAAGUCACUCAACUCGAUCGACCUCGCGCUGCAAGCACUCCAAACAGCCAAACAAAGCAUACAAACACCAAGCACAGUGGUCAAUUCAGAGUCUCUAGUAAAGGCCAAAUCCCAAAUAGACAAGACACAGACGUUGGUGUCGGACCAGCUGCGCGAAUUGUACACGAAUGUGAGCAAGUACGGCAAGCAUGUGGAAAAGACAUUCAAGCUGGACCUCAGUGUGGUCAGCACAUCACGGGCGUUCGAGGAUAAACGCUUAGAGCUGGGGCAAGCCGUGCUACAGCACUUCCUGAGAGAGGGUGAUUUUGAGCUAGCCAGGGGGUUCGCCGAGGAGGCGCAGCUGGAAGUGGGCGAGGAGGCGGUUGAGGGCUUCGAGGAGAUGUAUGGGAUUUUGAAGGAGAUUCGGGGCGAGGGCCACGUGCUAGAGGGCGCCGUGCGGUGGGCUGUACAGCGCCGGACGGAGAUGGAGGGCCUAGGGCUGGCGCUAGAGUUUGCGCUGCACCGGCUGCGGUUCCUGCAGCUCGUCGAGUUGGGCGAUGCUGAGGCAGCGCUGCGGUACGCGCGCGAGUGGUUCCCGCUUUUCGCGCACCAGCGCGAGCAUAUGGAUGAGAUCGAGCACCUGAUGGGAAUCUUCAUCUACGCGCGGCGUCUGCAAUCAUCGCCGUACGCGGCGUACUUCGCCAAGGAGCGCUGGGACCAGGGCGCGCGGCUGUUCGCUGCAGCGUUCUGCGCUGUGCGUGGGCUGGCGUCGGUGUCGCCGCUGGGCGUCUCGGUGGACGCCGGCGCCAGCGCACUGCCAGUCGUGUGCAAGGUGCAGGGGCUGAUGCGCGACCGCAGGGUCGAGUGGUCGCAGCAGAAUGAGCUGGCCGUCGAGGUGCCGCUACCUGAUGCCAUGCGCUUCCACUCGGUGUUUGCCUGCCCAGUGUCCAAGGAGCAGACGUCGCCAGAGAACCCGCCGAUGGCCAUGCCCUGUGGCCACGUCGUCUGCCGCGCGUCGCUUGAGAAGCUGUCCAGGGGGCUGCGGCCUGGCACGGUCGCCUCGGGCAGGUUCAAGUGCCCCUACUGCCCAGCAAUGUCCACCAUGGCCGAGGCCAAGAAGGUCCACUUCUGAGGCGGCCAAAAACGAGCUGGGCUGAGUUGAUUUAAUUUGAUUUGAUUUGAAAGAUAAUAUGGAAAGUUUUGUUUUUACUCGAGCUUGGCCAGGAUGGCCUCCAACACGCGGGGCUUCUCGGCGG